AUGGUGAGCUUUACAAACUCGGAGACCAAAACUGUGGCCAUCGCUCCACCCGGCUCGAGAGGCUCGCAGCGCCGUGCCCGGGACCAGUCCCCAAAGUGUACGGCCCCUGAGUCGCAGCUGCCUUCGCCUCGCUCCCGGACGCCCUUGCCUCGCUGCCGAACGCCAGCAUUCUGCUGCCCGCGUCCUCAGCCAGCCAUGCUGGAGCAACUGAGCUCGCUGCCCACGCAAAUGGAUUACAAGGGCCAGAAGCUAGCUGAACAGAUGUUUCAGGGAAUUAUUCUUUUUUCAGCAAUAGUUGGAUUUAUCUACGGGUACGUGGCUGAACAGUUUGGGUGGACUGUCUAUAUAGUUAUGGCUGGAUUUGUUUUUUCGUGUUUGCUGACACUUUCUCCAUGGCCCAUUUAUCGCCGGCACCCCCUCAAGUGGUUACCAGUUCAAGACUCAGGCACAGAAGACAAGAAACCAGGGGAAAGGAAAGUUAAAAGGCAUGCUAAAAAUAAUUGAUUGGGGUUUACAUGAUUCAGCUCUAUUAUUGCACCUGCUUUUGUAUCCUGUGAGAUGAGCUAAAGUUUCACAACCAAAACACUAGCUAAAAACCACCUAUGCUCCUACGGUACAGCUGUUAAAGAUUUUUUUCUCUUUAUAUUUCACUUCUCGGUUGGGCUUUGACUUGUACAUAGUUUAGACCUCUUCAGAGUUUCUCUGAAAUGGAGAACAGAAAAUACAAGUAUGCAAAGUUUCUUUCA